CCAUCAUCUUCAAAACAACUGUCUCUGUCUCUCUCUCUGUCUGUCUGUCUCUCUCUCUCUCUCUCGAUUCUCUCCCUAGUCCAUUAGUUCUCGUUGCCGCUUCGUAAACAAGGAAGCACGGCGCACGGCCGUCCGAUGGUUGUCCCGUCCAAACUAGCAAUUGAACAGUUCUCCUACGUUAUGAACAGCAACGCAUUAUCAUCCCACCAAAUCCCUGUCGUGGACCUCUCGAAGCCCGACUCCAAGAGCCUCAUCAUCAAGGCCUGCGAAGAGUGCGGCUUCUUUAAGGUCGUGAACCACGGCGUCCCGUUGGAUUUUAUCUCCAGGCUGGAGGAGGAAGCCGUCAAGUUCUUCUCUCUGCCUCUCCCCGAGAAGGAGAGGGCAGGCCCUCCUGACCCGUUCGGCUAUGGCAACAAGAUGAUUGGCCGGAACGGAGAUGUGGGUUGGAUCGAAUACCUCCUCCUGACGACCGAUCCCAACUUCAACUACCGCAAGCUCCCAUCGGCUUUUAACGAAAACCCAGAAAGAUUUCGCUCUGCUUUGAGUGAUUACACAUCGGCGGUGAGGUACAUGGCGUGUGAGAUUCUCGAGUUGAUGGCCGACGGAUUAAGGAUUCAACAGAGGAAUAUAUUUAGCAAACUUUUGAUGGAUGAACAGAGCGACUCUGUUUUCAGGCUCAACCACUACCCUCCAUGCCCGGAGCUUCAAUCCUAUGUCGAUAGGAACAUGAUUGGAUUCGGUGAACACACUGACCCACAAAUCAUAUCUGUUCUCAGAUCGAACAACACGUCUGGGCUCCAAAUAUCCAUGAAAGAUGGGACUUGGGUUUCUGUUCCACCGGACCAGAACUCAUUCUUCAUCAAUGUUGGUGACUCCUUAGAGGUGAUGACUAACGGGCGAUUCAGAAGCGUGAGGCACAGAGUCCUGGCGAACACCUCGAAGUCCAGGGUCUCGAUGAUAUACUUCGGAGGACCACCUUUGAGUGAGAAGAUAGCGCCAUUGCCGUGCCUCAUGAAGGGCAAAGAGAGCCUGUACAAGGAGUUUACAUGGUUCGAAUACAAGAAGUCCGCCUACAACACGAGGUUGGCUGAUAACAGGCUAGAGCAUUUUCAGAGAGUAGCCGCUUCUUGAUGUCGCUCAGAGCGCCAGAUGUCAGCAGCAAGAAUGGGUUCUUAGGACAGCAACUUUCAUCUUCAUUUUGUUCCUUCCUUGUCUCUCUGUAUUUUCCAUCGGUACUUUCUUGUUCAAACGAUGUAAAUUACUCUCUUCUUGUCAAAUAUCACAGAGCGUCCAUGGUCUGCCACUAUCUCUAUUUGACAAUUUGUAAUAUGUAAUUUUCAAUGAAGUCACAGUCACAAGUCACCUUUCAGACAGACGAGGAAAUUGAAAAGGUUCAUUUUC